AUCUCACUUUGUGAGCUAGCGGGACAAUGGCCAAGGCGGACAAGACGCAAUCUGCCCAGAAAAGAGCGGACAAGAAAGCGAGACAUGACACCGCGAAGCAGAGCAUAGGGAAAGCGCAAACUACAAAGGGUAAAAAGGUCGGAAAGGACAGAUUGCAAGAGCAGGUACUGGCAUUAGGUGGCGACAAAGAGGAUCUUGCGCUUCUGAAGGGUGUGGAUGAAGAUAAGAACUUGAUGCAGGGAGAGCAGGCUACCGAUCCUGAGCUUGCGAACGAUGUUUCAAAGUUUCUCGCUAGCCUAAAGUCGGGCUCCGCGCCUAAGACGAGAACCGAGUCCAAAUCCAAGCCCAGAGCGAAUGCCGACACAAAACCUGCAGAUGUGAAGGAAAAGGUCCCCAAGAAGAAGGAAGAGAAGCCGGGAAAGACGAAGCAGAAAGCAAAGGCGUCAGAAACCAAGCAGAACGAGCCUGAGGGUGCUCAUCCUUCGCCCUCGUCUGAAGCUCCCAAAACGACCGGGGUCAAGGCCACAGGCAAAGGCAAACUUCAUCUCGCCCCGAACCCGCACUGGUACACUGCCCUUGCACCCCUUUCUCCCCCGGCAAACCCGCUACCCGCUCCGUCAGCCAGUCGGAUAUCAUCCCUUACCGAAAAAGCUGCACAGCUGUUCCAGUCGGAUGCCGCCUCGUACCAGGCGUCCUCAGCGUUCACAGGCAAUAGCGCAUCUGAUUCCCACUUCCUGAGCGCCGUCUUAUCGAAGGGUACACUUUCUGAUAGGCUCAGUGCGCUCACGUUGCUGGCGCAGGCCAGUCCCGUGCAUAAUACCAAGGCGCUGGAAACCUUGAAAGGAAUGGCUGAACGCGGUCGAGGCAAAGGCGGAAGGGACGAAGGUCUUAAGGCCAUGCGCUGCGUGGUGGAUUGGUGGGUUGGUGGAGGUGCUCCCGGCAGGAAGCUUAGGUAUUUCCGCGAUCAAUUACUAUUGCAUCCCGACGUCACGGACCAGCAUCUUCUUGUGUGGUACUUUGAGGAUUGGCUGAAGAAGUACUUCUUCUCAAUCCUACAGAUUUUGGAGACUUACUCUUUAGAUACACUUCCAUAUGUUCGGACUCAAGCGCUUGCUUUCAUCACGACUCUGUUGCGCGAGAAGCCGGAGCAAGAACAGAACCUGCUCAGACUGCUCGCUAACAAAUUGGGUGACACCGAACGGUCUGUAUGCUCUCGGGCAUCCUAUCAUCUCCUACAGCUUCUGCAGUCUCACCCAGCGAUGAAGAGUGUUAUCGUCCGCGAGAUCCGUGCGCUCAUCUUCCGGCCCGCUGCGUCUACUUCUGCCGCUGCCCAGCAGGCACUGGUAGCUCCACCCAAAAACACGCACAUCCGCUUUGGCGACGAGGAGACGUCUCCGGGCAAGCCCAAAAGCAAGAGCGCGGACGCUGCAAAGGCAAGCACGAUGGAGCGCUGGAACUCGCACGCGUGGUACUACUCCGCCGUCACGCUGAACCAGGUCGUCCUGACCUCCAGCGACCACGACCGUGAGGUCGCGCGUGUGCUCAUCGACGCUUACUUCGAGAUGUUCCGCGAGAUCCUUGGCGGCAUCAAAAGCGGGCCCGCCAAGGAGGCGGGCGAGACGGAAGACGGGAAGGACAAGGCAAAGAAGGGCAAGGCGAAGGAGGUCCGCGGCGACGCCGGCUUCGCCGAGGUCGAGGACGAACACUCGCGGCUCGUCGGCGCGGUCUUGACUGGCGUCAACCGUGCGCUGCCGUUCGCGAAGGUCGACAUGGCCGGGGGCAACGACGUGUUCGCGAAGCAUAUGGACACGCUCUUCCUCAUCACGCACACGUCGACGUUCAACAUCUCUCUGCAAGCCCUCAUGCUUAUCUUCCAGGUCGCCGCGCCCGCACCUGUUUCCGCUCCCUCGACAUCCAAGGACGACUCGGCGUCCUUCUCGGCAUCUUUGAAGGAUCGGUUCUACCGGACCUUGUAUUCGUCGCUCUUGGACCAACGCCUUGCGAGCUCGAACAAGCAGGCGAUGUACCUGAACCUGCUGUUCAAGGCGCUCAAGGCGGACACCAAUGUUGAACGGGUGAAAGCAUUCGUCCGGAGGUUCAUCCAGAUCCUCGUGGUCGGCGUUAGUGGUACAGGUGGAAUGGAGUUCGUUGCUGGAGGCCUCUAUCUGUUGGGCGAACUUUUCAGCACGGUUUCCGGUCUACGACAGAUGUUCAAUAACUCUGCCUCUGGAAAGACGGAGGAGGUAUACGAUCCAAAAAAGCGCGACCCGCAGUACGCUCAUGCGUCUGCGUCCCCGCUCUACGAACUUCUUCCCCUCAUGUACCACUACCACCCAGCCAUCUCGCUGCACGCCCGCCAACUCCUGGCCGGCCGACCCAUCACCGCGACCGCGGACCUCUCCCUGAACACCGUCUCGCACUUCCUCGACCGCUUCGUGUACAAGAACCCGAAGAGGCCGAAGCCGAAGGGCGCGAGCGCGAUGCAGCCCGCGGCGGCGGGCGCCGCCGACGGCACGGGUGUGAAGCUUGCGAAGGGCGAGGCCGCGCACGGCGGGGGCCCCGUGAACGAGGAGAGGUGGUGGAGGCGCCGGCCGGAGGACGUCCCGGUCGACGAGCUGUUCUUCCACAGGUACUUCACGCAGAAAAGCAGGAGGGAGAAGGAGAUGGCGGAGAAGGUCAACAAACGGAAGGGCAAGGAUGAGGAUGAGGAUGAGGACGAAGAUGAGAUCGAGGAGGGCGGGUUCUCGAAUGGAAAGGUGUCGGACGAGGAAGAGGAGGGGUCAAAUGCGGAAGGCCACAGUGGAGAUGAGGACAGCGACAAGGAAGAGGCUGAGAUCUGGAAGGCCAUAAAAGCGACCAUGCCUGCCGACCUGCAGGACGAUGACCUGUCGGAUGACAGUGACGACAUCCCAUCAGGCCUCGAUGAUAAUUCUGAUGACGAUCUUGGCGAAGUCGAUGAAGAGGAGGAGGAGGAUGAGGGCGAGGAAGAUGGGGACGAGGAUGAGGAUGGUGCAGCCAGCCUCGCUGAUGACGAUGACGAUGACGAUGACGCUCUAUCUCUUGUGGAAGCGUCCGACGCCGAAGACCUUAUCCCACUCGACGAGGACGUUCCAAACGGUCUCAUCGAGUACGACGGCUCCAACGCUGAGGAUGAAGCCGAGGAGUGGGGCGGCAUCAGCGGCUCGACGUCCAAAAAGCGUAAACGUGGUGGUGAUGAGCAGGACAAGAAGCGGAAAAAGCUGCGGUCGCUACCUACGUUCGCAAGCUAUGAGGACUACGCGAAACUCAUCGAAGAUGGGCCAGAGGACAAUAUAUGAGCGCGGUAUUUUACUCUGCUGCCUUGCCCAAAAUUGCUGCAUAUA